GAAAAUAUUUUCCAUUAAUCGUAAUCAUUUCCAACUCGUAUCUAACACAUUUCACAAACAGCCUUGCAGCUGCUGUAUAGCGAAUACUAGAUGCAAGUAAAUUUGAAUAUUUCCGUCAGUUGAAACGAUUCUAGGAAUUGCUUUAAUUCCCUUACGUUGCACAAUCUGCUAGAAGUGUAGAGAACUUUUCCGUCUGUCCUAUUGUUAGUGAAAAUAUCAGUGAGUGUAUGGUUAUGUUUGAAUCUUUGUUUUGAUGAUUGUCGUCGGAACAAAAGUACCGACAAUUAGAAAUCUAGGCAGUUUUAGAGGAAAAAGUGGUCCAGGAAAAUGUUAAACAGUUAAACGAUCAGAACGAGAAUCGGCGGCGAAACAGUGAUGGCAUUGCGAUGGAAUUCCGAAUUUUACAUGGCCAUGGAACACAGAGAUCUGCAGGCCAAUGCCAUGGCUCUGAACAACACAGGAACAUAUGUUCUUCUAGCUGGUCGAAGAUACAUAGCCAUCCGGAAUUUGGAUGACAAUGAUGUGGACAACAUCAAGAAAUUCCCAAGGCAAAGCAAAUAUGAUGUUGGAGCAGCUGAGUGGAAUCACACAGAUUAUAACAGUGAUCUCUGUGUUAUUUCAAGCAACCAAAGAUUGGAAGUAUUAACAUGGCGCAGCGGCGAAUUGACCCAAACACAUUCGCUGCGAGCUCAUACACGUGUGAUAACAGAUUUGAAUUGGCACAGAACUGACCCGCAUCUACUUGCUUCGAGCUCUGUGGAUACAUUUAUCCAUCUAUGGGACUUGAGAGAUUCACGAAGACCGACAAGUUCAUUAUCGGCUAUUGCCGAGGCGUCGCAAGUGCGAUGGAAUUACGUAAACCCGCAUAUCUUAGCCACUGCCCAUGAUGGUGAUAUAAAGUUAUGGGAUAAUCGUAAAGGAACUGCACCGGUUCUAUACUUGUCCGCUCAUUUAGCUAAAAUACACGGUUUAGAUUGGAAUCCCAACAUAGAAUCACAGUUGGCUACGUCCAGCCAAGACAAUACCGUUAAGUUCUUUGAUAUCAAUAAUCCAAAAAAAGCUGAAUACGUUCUGAACACGAAUGCACCCGUCUGGAGAGCCAGAUUCACGCCAUUCGGAAACGGAUUAGUUACUGUUGUUGUGCCGCAAUUGCGAAGGGGUGAAAACAGUUUAUUGCUGUGGAAUACCGCAAACAGAGCGACACCGGUCCAUACUUUUGUUGGUCACAGGGACGUUGUUUUAGAGUUUGAAUGGCGCAAACAAAAAGGCGGUGAUAUAGAUUUUCAGUUAGUCACAUGGUCCAAAGAUCAGUCAUUGCUUGUCUGGCGUAUUGAACCAUUUUUACAGAAACUAUGCGGUCAUGAACCCGAUGAAAGUAAAGAUCUCGAUUCCGAUGAUAUUUUUGAAUCCGUUGAGAUACCAAACAAGUUAUCUCAAAAGUCUCAAGCUCUGCAGCAGGAAUUUUCCCUGCUCAAUUUGCAGAUACCGAAGAUGGAUGUACUGAAAAUGGAUCUGGUUAAAAGAUUUUGCACUGUAUGCGCUAAAACUAACAAUUUUUUAGUGCUAUUACAAGUUAGUUUUCCUACUGCGUAUCCCCACGGGGUGCCUCCAACUUUUCAAGUUUUACAAGAUUCUUCAAUCGACGAUUCAACAUCCGCAAAAUUAUUGCAAACUUUAACUCAUAUUGCCCAGCAACGAGUGCUGAAAAACAGAACUUGCCUUGAACCUUGCCUGCGACAUAUGGUCGCAACUUUGGAACAGUUAGCGUCCGACUUGAACGACAAAAGACGUUAUGACAGUCCGUACUUCGAACCACCCAAUUUAUUUGGUGCCUACAAUGAAGACGCUUACAUCCCAUUUCCGCGGACUUCCGGAGCUAAAUUCUGCUCUGUUAGUACACUCGUUUGUUUUGGACGUCCGACGGUAUCCCGCCGAUUUGCCACGAAGAUGGAUUCUUCAACACCUCGUGCUCUCUCAGCCCUAGGAAGCGUAUUUUCUUCAAAACGACCCUCCGACACGAUAACUAUCUCUUCAUUUUAUUACCAAACACAAAGGAAUCGCCCUAAACAUAUUAAUACAGCUCACAAUCUAUUUAGACCACAGGUGGUGCUCUACGACACUUCCGAAUUGUUUUAUGUAAACAAACAAUUGGCCGGAAAGUAUAUUUUAGAUGGAGACGUGGGAACUCUGUGCAAAUACAACGGGAACGAAGCUGCCAGAGUUGGAAGAUGGGAUCUCGUACAAGCGUGGACAUUAGCUGAAUUGGUUUCUGGACCGCAACAGGCAGAAGAAGACAUGCAUUGUAAUCCGUUUGGAACACAACUAAUGAAAUUUCUAAUUGAACACUACGCAUCGAAAACCGACAUACAAAUGGCAGCUAUGCUAUCGUGUGUAUUUGGCAAAGAACACGAACACACGAAUAGAAAACAGUCCUUAAAAUCGCUUUUAUCACCAGGAACGCAAUUAAUUCCCGGGAAGCGGUGGCUUAAGGGAGGCUCUCCAUAUCACACUAUUCCUCCAGCCGACGUUGUUGCUGAUGGAUGGGUCUUUCCAUUGUUAAGAUCGGCCAGAUCUAAUUCUUUGGAUAAUUUACGAAUAGAGGAUAAUUCGAUCGUACCUUUAAAAGUAAAUACCACCACAUCCCUUUACGAAUAUUACAAGCAGGCGUAUGCUGAGAUUUUACAUAGAUGGGAUUUGUUGUACGAGCGAGUGGAAAUAUUAAAAUACAUGUGCGUUCCGGGUGAAAUACACAAAGGGGUGGAAUUCCUGUCCGACUGCCAACACUGCUUAGAACCGUCCCGAAAUUGUAGAUGCGCAGCGUGUAAGAAACUUAGUUUAAACUGUGUAGUAUGUCACAUUUCGGUGAGAGGAAGUUCCAACUGUUGCCUUGUCUGCGGUCAUGGUGGACACACCAUACAUAUGCAACAAUGGUUCUCUUCCUACGAAAUGUGUCCUUCCGGUUGUGGAUGUCGUUGCUUAAUUGAGACUGGGACUGUACUGAGUCCGUAGAUAACUGUUUUUGGUUACUUAAUUUUUGUUGAGAUUAUUUACAGGGUAAUCAUAUUUAUUUUUAUUUAUACAAACUAUAUUUAUA